AUGGAAAAUUAUAUUGCCGGACGUGCAAGUCACAGACGCAACAAAGCCGUUAUAGUUGAUAAUGAAAAAGUUUUAUCACCACAUCAAUAUGCUGACUCACCGAAGAAAAAAUGUCAAGACUUUGAUCGUUACCAAUGGUAA